AAAGCAGGAUUCGUACGUGGGAUCAGAAGUAUGGGUAGUGCCGCGUUGAACAUUUGUUGCGUAGCACAAGGUUUAAUUGAUUUGUAUUACGAAGUUGGAUGUUGGGAAUGGGAUGUGACCGCAGCACUGGUGAUUUUAAAUGAGGCGGGGGGCUACAUGACAAGUAGUCAGGGUCCUGAUGAGGGUCCAGUAGAUCUUUUUGGACGAAAAUAUUUAGCAAUACGUAGUGGAUCUCCUUGCGAUGGAGACGAGAGUGCCAGGCAAAGUCAGUUGCGUCUCGUUAGAGAGAUGUGGGGUGUUAUUGAAGAGAUUGAUUGUCCAAGAUCAAAAUAG